UUGUGUUUGGGGUAGGUAAUGAUUUGAGAUUGGAUGAGCCAGUCUCCUUCAUGGAACCUCUCCGUGCCGACAGCGCGAUCGAAUGGACGACGACGUCCUUGCAAGAAGGGCAUCGGCAAGAACUGCUGGGCACCAUCGUGCGCGUCCAUCGCUUGGGCAAAGGCCUUUCCUUCGUCCACCUUCAAGGCGAGGACGGAACACCACCCACCAUCGUGACCUUCGAGGCUGCGGUCUAUGCCUCCACGUCGGACUCCGCGAUCCCGAAGCUUCGAUGUGGGCAGCCUUUGGGGGUGCUGGUGGAGAUGCAAUGGCGAGAGCACAUCCAACGCUGGCUAAAGACUGUGAUCACUGCCUGGGUUCCGGAGAAUCUCCCAGGCCAAACUGUCAUGCCGCUGUCCUCACCGCCCAACGGCCAGCAUGGCCGGAGGAAAGGCUUGGCUGCGUGUGCUGGAUGGGUGCGAUGUCCCUUAUGUCCGUCUUCAGGGCGUUGCUUCAACCGCGGAAGUGGCUUCAAGCAGCACCUGGCCUCGCUGCAUGCAGACGAGGCAGACCGCGACUUUGAGACCUGGGCUGCUGCAGUCGCUACACUGGCGGACUCUCAGGGCAUCUUUCCCACCAGAGGAGGCGGCGUUCGAGGUCCCAGCGGUCCCACACGCGAAACGCCCGGUCGCGCCGCUGGAGCAAAGCACCAUGUUCUGCCGACCGGGCUGAUUGCAGCGCGAGAUGGAGAUGCGGCUGCAUUGGAAGCACAGCUGCUUGCAGGAUGGCAUCCAUUUGCUGUAGGCCAGCAGGAUCAUAACGGCUCCAGUGCAUUGGAUUGGGCAGCCGGAGGAGGUCACCUGGAUUGCGUGAAGCUGCUGUUGCCCUUGGCCUCCAACGUGCAGGUCUGCCGCCGCGACGGCCGGUCACCCCUCCACUGGGCUGCACGCUUUGGGCGCUUGGAGAUGUGUCGCUUCUUGCUGGAGGUGGGCUUAGGCCGUGUGGAGGACCGUUCCGCUGACGGCACCUCCCCAAUGAUGUUGGCGUGCUUCGGUGGUCACAUCGAUGUGGUCGAGCUGCUGGUGCAGAGUCGAGCAGACCUCUUUGCUCGGAACAGCUUCGACUGUGACGCUGGACACUUUGCUGGACUGGGCGGGAGCAUCGAGGCCUGUCGCUGGCUGAGCGAGCACGGCAUGUCGCUCCUGCGCCCACAGUGCUCCGGGCAUACGGUGUUGCACAAAGCGGCGGAAAGAGGUCACUUGCCACUGGCUUCCUUCUUGAUUUCCAGCUUUGGUGAGGAAGACUUGAAGGCCCUCCGCAGUCUGUGCCCCUUGGGGAGUGACAUGGAAAGCCUUUGGCACAAAGCCCACCUUCCAUCUGCCAUCGCACGCAAGCAUGGCCAUUCGGAGUGCGCCCGGGAGCUUGAAAAGCUCGCCUUCUAAGACCACUCGGAGCUGGACGGUCCGGUACGUAUAUAUUUGAGACUAGCGGAAUUUGGAUGAUCGUUCGAGCAGAUGACCCGGAUACUGUUCGUCCCCGGAUUCGACUGAAAACGGAAGAUGUUGGGGGAAGAGUCAGGCUGGAUCAAAGCUGCUGCUCCGGACCAUUGAUGCUCUCAUUGCUGCAAAGUGGAUGCCACGAUGCGAUACGAUGCGCUGAGGUUGCUGGAAUCAAUCACCCAUGCAGAGAAAAGCUAGGAGAUGUAACUCAUUGUAACUCAUGUUGCUGCGAAUCUCUGAUAGGAUUUCCUUUCUUGAAUGUGCAUGGGCAACAGCAAACAGAGUGAAUUCUGUUUCGCUCAGAAGAGACUUUGGCACUCGAGGAUGAGUCUAGAUCAUUCCAGAAGCAGGGAUGUGCACGGCGAAAAAGGACACCCAAAUCGACGGAGCAGAGGUGUGCUUGGCUUGGAGCAGAGUGGUCUUUGGCACGUCGUGUUGAUCCCAGAUGUAUCUUCUACAUCUACAUCCCAGAAGAUCCCACUUUAAGUGGUACAAGUCGUCCCGUAUAUACUCGGCGAAUCUCGGCACAAAGGUAUCUUCUGGAUCUCCUCCUCAGUACAGCGCACGUUCGGCUUUGGUCAUUUGGGUCGCUGCCCGUCCUAGUCUUCCCAGCUGAGUUCAGCGAUGACAUCGCUACGAUGAAUCAACAGGAAGAGAACAUGGUUUGUUUGGACCUGACAACAUCAGGAUUGAUGGUUUUUGGGUCCUGCUUUGUGGAGAUGGGAUGAGAAGCGGAGAAGCACACUUCUUUGCUGACAUCACCUGACUGUCUUUCCGGCUGCUGUGACCCCAGGAACAGCUUCACCCUUGACUUCAAGCGAUGGCUCAUGUGUGCUUCGUUGACUGGAGUGUAGACAGGUGUGUGUAUAGGACGAAGUCUGACUAACCUCUGUUUUGAUAGGACGAAGACCAGAUAUUUUGGAUAGUUGUUCCUCCAAAACAGGGUCACUCAGGCGACGUCGGUAGAUACAGGAAGAUAGCACUCCAUGGGACUGGCAUAGGACUGUCGCCCCAAAAAGGGGUGGUUGAAAAGGGGUCAAUGUGGCUGUAUUCCAUACAUAGAUGGAGUCGUUGGAACAAUUAUUCUUGCGGAUUUUUGUUGAGCACCCUGCAUGAUUCUCAUCGUACAACCUCAUCAGCCUACAUGACUGGUCAAUCUGGUCCAGUCAUUCCGAAUUCCCCAAUGGAAAUCAUUACAUUCAACCUUUAAGUGCGAGACCUAUGUUUCUACAUGUUUCUACAAAGGGAAACUACACUGAGUGCGGGUUUGUACAAGGCGCCGGCAAGAAACACAUUCCAUUUGCCUUCGCCAUUCGAAAACUAAGCGGAACCCAGCUGCUCGGUUUGCCUGAGGUCACAGCGAUGUAGAGUGGCCG